UGUGUCCACGAUCUUGAACGUGAAUUUAUUUUUCUUUAAUUGUCAAGCAAAUCAAAAUAUAUGAAUUCAUUCGUGAAUUGAAUUACCGAAAAAUCGAAGUGCCGUGCUCGAGUUCAUAUUUUUACGAUCAACUGUCAAGCUGUGUUGUGUGAGGUUCGUGUUUCUCUUGGAUAUAAACUAGAGGGCUCAAAAUUUCGACGUUCCAUCUGAUCGUCCGCAGAGGAAGGGAGCAUGAAAAAAAUGCCGAAGGUCGAGGACACCAUGGCAAGGGCAUAACAAGUAAACAGACUUCUCUGCUCGUUCUUUAUCUCGCGAUCGCAACGUUUUAGAGAGCGCACGUUCUUUCGCCGUGUGCGAAGGACGGAAGAAGGUUUUUACUAUAUAAUGCGAAUGGUUCGAGGAAGGUCGUGCUGCGAGACUUAAAAACUGCGCUCGGGUGUCGUCGAUAACGGAGGGACGAUAGACUCGUCGUUUCUUUCUGGCUCAACCUUUUUUUCGAUUUCAAUCGUCAUGGACAAACCGGAAGUAUUGGGAAAUCUUCACUACGUACCGAUCGUUAUAUUUAUCACUUUUCCGGCCACCGUUAUCACCACGUAUUCGAUAGCCGUUGGUCUCGGGCACACGGAAGCGGGUUUUCCAUACAUUUCCGACACCACGACGUACGCGCCUGAAAGCUGCAUAUUCGCCCAGUUUAUGAACAUCGCCGCGGCUCUGAUGUCUUUCUUCGUCUACGUACGGUACGAGCAGGUGAAGGAGUGCAUUGUUGAAUUUCGUGGAAAUGACUCUCUGCAAAAGUGGAAUCGAGCCGGCCUCGUUUUUGGACUUUUGACCAACCUGGGCCUCUCGAUCGUCGCGAAUUUCCAAGAGACGUCGGUCCUCGUCGUUCACAUGAUCGGUGCUUUCAUGUGUUUUGGUGCUGGAACUAUUUACUUCUGGUCGCAGGCUGUCUGCUCGUACUAUCUUCAGCCCCACGGUUGUUCGAUCCUCGUUGCUCGUGCAAGGAUUAUUAUGGCGAUUUUCAUGACGAUUUGCUUCAUCGUUACUAUCGUGUGUGGAACUCUGAGUUUCCGAUUGUACAAAGGCAAACAGGUUCAGAAGUGGUACAAAGACGACGGUGGUUGGGAUUUGCACAUAGUGAGUACGAUCGCCGAAUGGUUAUGUUCGAUGACAUUUUGUGCGUACACGUUGUCGUUCGCCGAAGAGUUUAAGAAUACUCAAUUGGUGUGGCCAAAGUUGUUGAUAUACAAACGAGAUAGAAAUACGACGAGUAACGAGGUAUUAAGCGUGUACCAGGAGGAGGAAAGGAGCGUCGAAGGAAGAGUUUCGUCGACGAGGAGCGAGGAGCGAACAAACAGUUGAUC